AUGUUGUUGAAAAUUUUGGCAUUGCUCAUAUUAUAUAUAAGGUAGGUCAAAAAUUCAAGGCGCAAAUAAAACAUUUUCAAAUUUUUUUUAAAGGAGCACAGUAGUAGCAGAGUAUUGUCAAGAUUCGGAUUUCGAGUUCACCUAUACGAAUUGCGACGAGAAUGGGGAGCGGUGGCGAGUUGCGGUGCCACGUGGCACCGCGACGCAGAAGACUUGCGGAAAUUUGCCGCAACCGCAGAAGGGAUUGAAUUGUUGUGGGUUUUUUGGGAGGCUUUAGAGACCACAAUAUCCACGUGGCAAAAAUUUUCCGUAAAAAAAUUCAAAUGUCAUAUUUGAUAUCAAAUUGCAUCAUUUUUCGCGGCUAAAAAACCACGUGGCAAACAUUUUCCUCAUUUUCAGCCUUCUCCUGUCCACCCGGUCAAUAUUUGGACAUUGAUUCGCAGCAGUGUCGCGCAUGCCGUGCCGGUUUCUUCAGUCUGGGCGGCGGUGUUCGCUUCGAGGAGUUCGUCACACUUCCCGCCGGUUUUUCGAUCGAUAAUUUUGAUGCGGACGCGGCGGUGGCCGCGCGGCAGGAUGCGUGUCCCAAGGAGGCCGGUUGGAUUGUGAGGGAUGGCGAGUUGUUGUAUGUUCCCACGCCGUGUGUGUCGAGACUCUCGUUUUCGGCGAAUUUGGUGAGAGCUGGAGCUGUUGAGUAUACUUAUAGGUGAGUUAUCACAGCGAAAAAAAAUUAUUUUUUUGUACACAAAAAAUUCGUUGCGGAAAUUCAAAAAAAAAUAGGCGGAGUUUUCCACGUGCAACCCCUGGCAGCGUCUUUCUGCAAUAUUAUUGCAUGUGCGCACGGUUUUUGUGUGUUCUCCCCUUUUGUUUUUUGUUUUUUUCCUUUGUGUGUGCAAACACUUUCUGUUUUGCGCACCGUACCACACGGAAACAGAAAAAAUAAUUUUUUUUCGCUGUGGUUAUGUUAUAACAUGAGCAAUGCCUAAAGUAUUGAUUGCUCAGCUUAAAUUAAUCUUGAAGGACGUUCUUUCCUGUUAUCAGAGGAUGAUCAACAUUGCUAAUUUAACAUGAGCAAUAUCUUUAAAAAAAAAGAUUGCUCAUAUUAAAUGUCUAGUUUAAUAUGAGACUGAAGCUUUGCUGAUCCCGAAGCAAAAUCUACAGGCAGGUUAACAUGAGCAAUCGUUCUUCGUCCUAAUUCAUAAUAUGAGCAACAGUAUUGCUCAGGUUAGAGAUCAUUGCUCAUAGAAUUAGGAUGAGAACAAAAAUAUAUCUAGAUUGCUCAGGUUAGAAGUUAGUUAAAGGACCAACCAAUCGUGGUCAGUAGAGCAACCGGUUCUUUUUAAAAAACCCUACCUCUUUAUUAUGAGCAAUGCUUUCUAGAAGUAAUCUCAUAUUGCUCAGGUUAAACUUUUAUUAAAGGACCCCCGUCAUGAAUAAAAUCUAACAUGAGCAAUCUAUUUUUCCAGAAUGCCUCGAAACAAUCGCGCAUUGUCAAUGCAAAUCGACGUGCGCAACGAGCAAUGUCAAAGCUACAGCGAUUUGGCCAAAUCAAUGCUCCUCAAGUACACCACAGGAGCCACCGAAUCACAGCAGCAACGCGAGGAGAAAAACGGUGACUGGCGUCGGCGAACCGUCGAACUGCGAACCGGUCAGAAUGUGAUCUCGUGGACUGUGUCGAAUAGCUAUGGGCUGAAUGGCUACACUGCCGAACCGAUACAUUUCGCAAGGAUCGAUGUGUUGGGCUUGGCGUUCACCAAGGAGUGCUCAGCGUGUCCACCGGGAACCUAUAGCUCCACAGGUGCCGCCGAGUGCAAGCCUUGCGCCGCCGGUUUUUUCUCCUCAAAAGGCUCCGCACAAUGCGGACAAUGCCCGCUCUCGCAAUAUUCGGGCCCGAAAUCCUCCAGAUGUAUAGAUCGUCCGAAAUGCGGUCCACAAGACUACUAUCCGGUCCGCACACCGUGUUUGGCGAAUGGCACAAGUCGAGUGGUUUAUGAGAAGGUGUUGCCGGCGUUGUGUCGAGAUGAUGUGCCGGGAGCAUCGAGAUUGCCCGCGCCUGGGCCUUGGCAACCUUGCCCGAAGUGUAAUCCGGGAAUGGCGAAGAAUAAGGAGGGAAUUUGCGAGUUUUGUAGGAAGGAUUAUCAUUCUGAUGGAAACGGUGGGUUGCUCACUGUUAGAGUUUAUCAUGAGCAAUAUCUUCCAGAUAACAUAACUCAUGUUAAACUCAUAGGACUCUAGCCUGAGCAAUCCCUAUACCUUCGUUUAUUUCAGAAUGCACUCGCUGCCCGGUCGACACAGUUCCCAACUACGGACUCCAAUACACCAAUUGGCAAACACUUCCACCAAAACUCGAAACCCGUUGUGAAUACAUCUCCGAUGACAUCUCUGAGAAAUGUCGCAUCGGAGAUUCGUGGCUCGCGAACGGCGAUUCGCUCGCAACUCCGCCGUCGCUGGAACGAGGUAUCGCUUUCGAGUUGGUCUUGUCGAUUGAUGAAGGAUUCUGGAAUCCGUUGGCACCGAAACAUAUGAAAGUGCCCGUCGCGCAGAUCACAAUCGUCUUCGAAACAUCGUGCGCCGACCCGUCUUGUGUGCUCUAUUUCAUUGAAGAUGUUUCCGCGGGAGGCGGUGGUGUCGCGCGGAAAGAAUCAUUCUAUCGCUUCUUGGCCGCCUUCAAUGGCACACAAUCGAAGCGGGUUUGGUCGCACACAGUCACCAAAAACACGCCAGCCAAGUAUAUGCUGGCGUUUUUGCGGAGUGGUGUAGCGGGAAGCGAUGAUGCGAUCACGGAUGUCGCGAGGAUUUUUGCGAUAAAUGUGACGAAUGUGGGACAUCGUGGGGGACAGGGAGGCGGAGGAAGUGAAUGCCUAGCCUGUCCACAUAGCGGUAAUGGGGAUGGAUGUGUGCCAUGUCCGAUGGGUCAAUAUAUUCACGAAGAGGUAAGGGGAUUGCUCAUGUUAGAAUAUCUUUUUGAUUGUCCUUCUAGAGUUCUUUUAACCUGAUCAUUCAUUACUCAUACUAUUCUGCCUCUCUGGGUUCUUUGAAACAUUAUAGUGGACUUGCUCAUGUUACUCAUUCUCCAGUGGUAGGGGCAUUGCUCAUGUUAGACUAGUUAUGAUUAACCUAACAAAAGUAAGCAAUUGUUUCCCUAAUGGAGUAAAAAGUAAUGUUUUAGUUAGCCUUAUAGGGUUCCUCUAACCUGAGCAAUUACCAAGAUUAUUGCUCAUACUAUUCUUUCCCCUCUAUGCUAUUUCAAUGACAGUGAGCAUCCCAUUGCUCAUAUUAAUAAUUUUUCAGACCAAACUCUGUGUUUCCUGCCCGGCCAACACAAUCAUCAACGCAACAUCUUCGCGAAUCGGCGCAGCCUCUUGCGUAGCUUGCGGUCAAGGUCUCGCUCCCUCAACCGACGGAACAUCUUGUGUCACACCGCCGCGCCUCACCAUCCGCGACCCGAAUCCCUCCAAAAACCUCACCUACAACUAUGAUUUUGCCACGUGGCGCGACAAAAAUUGGACACUUGAAGGUGUGCGAGUUUUCUCACGCGAAGGUACCGCCUAUUAUCAUGCCUUCCGCGUCGCACUCUUCCAAUCGAUAAAAUGCGAAGAGGAAUAUGAGAGUAGUGAUGUGAUUGGAGUUAUGAUGGAUGAAUCGAUGCGAGAGGCGGUGGAUGGAAUGGCGUGCAGGAUGACGGCGUUGCCGGCGGGAAGCGGCAAGAAUUCCAGCAAGACUGCGUUUGUCUCGCCGUUGUUGUGAGUUUUGAGAGCGAAAAUGGGGGAUCUUUAAAAAAAAAUUAAAAUAUAGGUUAAGCUUAACCCAAGCCUGAACCUAACCAGAAUAUGCUUCACUAGCACUGGUCGGAUUAAGGCUAAACCUAAGCAGAGUAACCUUAGGGAAAAGCCUAAUGAGCCUAAUGAGCCUAUAUAGAAUAGACCUUAGAUUAGCCUACACCUCAAUCUUCAACCUCUAGCCUUACCUUAACAAGGAUAAGGAUAAUCCUGAGGCUAACCAGAGAAUACCUAGAAUGAUCCUUAGCCUAAGCCUAACUGGAAUAGACCUAAACCUAACUACAGAGUAGAGUAGGCCUGAGCCUAAGCCUAAUAAGCCUAGACUUAAUAAGCCUAAACCUAACUGAAAUAGACCUAAGCCUAAGCCUACCCCCAAUAAGCCUAACCCCAAUAAACCUAACCCCAAUAAGCCUAAGCCUAAGCCUAACCCUCAAAAUUUCCAGACUUGCUAACAAACUCGACGCCAUCACUCUCAACCGAACUCACAAAUCUUGGAACAUCACAGAUCAUGUGCUAGAAUACGGUAGGAUCAGAUCCCCGUCAAAAAAAUCCACGUGUUUUUCCAGAAGGCCUAGACAACAAAUCGCUUCCCCUCGACGUCUUCUUCUGGUUCGAACAACUCUCGGUGGCGACAUCCGCAACUUGUCCGCGCGGAAACAUUUUCGUAGUGGUCGCCAGAUGUGCGCCCAACAAAAAGACGGACGAGAUGCGGCUACCGCAUUCGUGUCCCGAUGGAACUUGUGACGGUUGUAUGUUUGUCGCGAUUUUGGAGUCGAGUCAAGCGUGUCCGAUUUGUGAUAAGGAUGAUUAUGAGACGAUUCGAGGGGAGUGUGUGGGUGGAAAACAGACGAUUCAUUCGAUUCCGCAUAAGUGAGUUUUGUGAGCGACGCGGAAGCUUCCGCAAGCCUACCCGUUUUCUUCCAGACACUGUGUGCUCACCGGUUCCGCUUCCGAAUCUCACGAAAGCCCGUGCAGCAUUCUAUCAGCCUCUCAAAAAACAUUCCUUUUUCCUCGGUGUCGCCUCAUUCAUCACUUUGUCCAUCAUUUUGUUCCUGAUGUGUCGUCGAAAUCAACGAUUAGAAUACAAAUAUACACGGCUUAUUGAGUCGAAGACUGGCGAGUUGCCAGCUGCUGAAACUUGUGGAAUUGAGGAGGAUGAAGAGGAUGAUGAGGUGAGUUCUCUGGGUCUCUGGGAAUCCCGUGCUCUCUAACCAUAAGAGAGGGGUCUAGCUGUCUGCUUCUCUCAACAUUCCUUUCUCUUUUUAAGACUGUGUUUCUCUGUGUCUCUCCUCUCAUAGUGUCUAGUGAUCUGCAUCCCAUCUUCAGAUCACUCUGCGUCUCUAACCAUGUUAAUAAAGGGCUUUAGAUGUCCUGAUGUUUUUCUCUGCGUCUCUAACCACAUUUAGAAAACGUGUCUGACUGUCUGACUCAAAACAUUGUGGCUCCCUCUAACAUUUUCUCUGCAUCUCUAACCACUACUGAAUAUUCUAUCUCUCACAGUGUCUAGUGAUCUGCAUCUCAUCUUCAGAUCACUCUGAGUCUCUAACCAUAUCUAUGUUAAUAGAGGGCUUUAGAUGUUUGCGUUUCUACAAAUCCUGGGAUGAUGUUUUUCUCUGCGUCUCUAACCCUUUCCAAUUUCAAUUUCCAGCUGCAAGACCGCGUGAUCUUCUCCAAAGGCUCAUCAUCUGCAUCGCGGUCGCGUCGCGGCUACAGUGAUCGAGAUUCGCGCGACAAUGCCGCCUUCAUCGCCUUGGAUAAUGAGGAUUAA